AUGUCUUUUUUUCCCAUCAGCUCCUGCCAGCAUGAACGUCGGGAAUGCCGCUCCAGGUGCCCAUCCCAGCAGAUCAUCUCCCUCCACCUCAGCCUCCCAGGGCUCUCCAGACAGUCCUCCAUGCUCAAUUUCCUAAGGAGCAGGAAGCAGCUCCUGCUCCUCAAAGGCCUUGGGGAGGUGGAGAUGGUCAAGGGCUGCCACUGCAGCACCUGCCCCAAGGAAUGUCUUCAGCUCCCAGCCCUGAAAACCUCAGACUCUCCCUGGGAAGUCAUAAUGGAUGUGGGGAGAUGCUCUGACCCAACCUACAAUGGACUUUUCUGUGUGCCCACAAAGUUCAGCACUGUUCUGGUCAAAAACCCAUGUGGAGAGGUGGUUCAGACACUGCAGAACUGCGAAAUGAAGGAAAAAUGCUACCGUGUCUCCCAGGUAGGAUAUUAUUAUGAAAUUGUCCAGAACUGUGCAGGACACAGGGAGGAACAGCUCAAGGAAAUCGGUGUGGGAAGGUGCUUGGGCAGCUGCUCCUCGGGGGAUCUCUGCUUGCUUAGGGAGUCACAAGACAGAGAGGAAUGCCUGCUUUGGGCACAAGCUGCCCCGAGACACUGCCCUCACGACUAUGACAUGCACAGGUUCCGGACCCACUGUCACUGCCAUCUGGGAGUGCAAGUACCGGGAUAG